CACAGAUUUCAUGAUCUCUGCCAACAGCUUUACUGUCAUCCUUCCCUCAGUGUUUUAACCGGUAACGGCUGCCAUCUUGGUCAGGGCUCUGUUCGUGGAUCUUCUUCUGGAACAUUUUACUCUGACAGUCUGUGUGCUGCUGGAGCCUGAAGUUGCCCUUUCAGAAUAAAAGUCCAGCCUUGUUUCUCUGAUCACUGCGGAUCCAACCAGAACCAGUUUAUCUGGAGCUUUCUGUCAUUUUACUGCCUGAACAGCAGCUUUGCGCCAAAGGAGGAAGAAGCUCCUCCCUCUUAGUGAAGUGGGUCAAAGGUGAACAUUCACUUCCUCCUCUGAUCAGAGCGCUUAAAGUGAGUCUGAGCGUUCAGCAUGGCUUCCAUACCAGAGAACCUCAUCUGCUCCAUCUGUCAGGAGGUCUUCAAGCAUCCCGUGGUUCUGACCUGCAAUCACAGCUUCUGCAGAGGCUGUUUGAAGACCUGCUGGAAGGAGAAGCCAGGAGCAGAAUGUCCGGCCUGCAGGAGGAGGUUUUCCAAGGAGGAGCCUCCCAUCGACAUGUCUCUGCAGCGCCAGUGUGAGACAUUCCUGCAGCAGAGAGCCUCUGAGGGCUUCUGCCAGCUGCACUCCGAGAGUCUGGACCUGUUCUGUUUGGACCACCAGCAGCCCGUCUGUCCUGUCUGCAGAGGUUCUCACCAACAUGCUGGACACACCUUCUCACCCAUCCAGGAGGCUGCUCAGCAGCACAGGAAGGAGCUUCAGGAAACCCUGGAGCCUCUGAGGAGGAAGCUGGAGCUGAGGAGGAAAGUUCAGGAGGAGUUCAGCCAGACAGCAGAACACAUGAAGGUCCAGGCCCGGUCCACAGAGAGGCAGAUCAGGGACCAGUUCCAGAAGCUUCAUCAGUUUCUGCUGGAGGAAGAGGAGGCCAGGCUGGCCUCUCUGAGGGAGGAAGAGGAGCAGAAGAGCAGGAUGAUGAAGGAGAAGAUGGAGGCUCUGAGCAGAGAGAUAGCAGCUCUGUCCGACACAGUCCGCAGCACAGAGGAGCAGCUGAGCGCUGGAGAUAUCUCCUUCCUGAGGUGCUACCAGGCUGCAGCCCAGCAGGUCGACCAGCACCCCCUGCUGGAGGAACCACAGCUGCCCUCAGGAGCCCUGAUAGACCAGGCCAAACAUCUGGGCAACCUGACCUUCAACAUCUGGAGCAGCAUGAAGGACCUGGUGUCCUACACUCCUCUGGUCCUGGACCCAAACUCCGCCCACCCAGAGCUCCUCCUGUCUGAAGAUCUGACCACGCUGAGGCGAGGAGAGAAGCAGCCGCUGCCUCAGAACCCGGAGCGGAUCGGGUCCUACAGCUCGGUUCUGAGCUCCCAGGGGUUCUGCUCAGGGAGCCACAGCUGGGAGGUGGAGGUGGGAGGCAGUACCUACUGGCUGCUGGGUCUGAUGCCAGAAUCCGUCCACAAAACAGGAGACACACAGUCCGGGUUCUGGAGGAUCGGGUUCUACGGAGGGAGUUACUCUGCACUGGACCCAGCAGGUUCCGCUAACAUCCUCCCAGUCCAGAGGAAGGUCCAAAAGGUCCAGGUCAACCUGGACUGGGAAGCAGGAAAACUGACCUUCUCCGACCCAGACACAGACACCCACAUACACACCUUCACACACACCUUCACUGAGAAGGUCAUGGCCUUCAUCAUGAAUGUGGACCAGAACCCAGUGAGGGUUCUACCAGGGAAGAUCUCCAUCAACCUCAGCAUCUAGANGUCCCACACCGGCGUCCAACUGGAGGAGAACUCCAUCAACCUCAGGAGGUAGACGUCCCACACCGGCAUAAAAAACAUUAUGUCCUUGAUGAAGUGAAGUGUUUUUUUCUUAGGAAUAACCAAAUGUUCCAGUGUGAGAAAGUUCUUUAUGCAGGGGGUGGGUUGGUUCCCGGGGGGCGGGGUUGUGUGAUUUUGUAAGGUAUAAAUGUAUUUAGUGAAAUGCCUCUCACUGAGAGCUCUAUCUCUCUGUCCGAGGAGGUUAAAAACAUUUGAACAUUAAUUCUUGCAAGAAAUGUUUCUGCCUCAGCUUCCUAACUUCACACCAUCUAUAUUGGUCAGAAUCUUCUGGACACUGAUGAUCAUUUCUACGCUGAUGAUGUCGUUAUCUACAGCUUUACAUAAACUCUUAUAGCUUUAACAUAGUCAUGUUUCUACAGAUGGAUCUUAAUUUAAAUGUUGACGUUCAGCUCCAGAACAGAGCGCCACCUGCAGGUCAGUCCUCCAGAUGUCACAUUUCCAGCAGCAGAAACUGAAAGAGUUGAAUCUAUCUUUACCAUAAUCAGUAAAGGAAAUGUUGAAUAUUUGGUCAUGAAACUGAGAUUGAACCUUUGCGUUUGAACCCAUUUGCUUGUGAUCUGUUAAUAAAAGACUGUGCUGUUCUGGUGGGGGGCAGAAAGGUGCUGACAUGUGAGCAGGCAGCCUUUCUCCUCCUGCAGGAAGCUGUGUUUAUAAAUCCCUUGGUGUGUCAGAUUCAUUUUUUGUCUUAUAUGAACUCACAGUUUUUUGAAGCUAACAGAGCCGUUCUGGAUUAUGGUGACCUCUUUAGUAAUGCACCAACCCAGGACUCGUAGCUCCUGGACUCUGCUUAUCGUGUCUCAUUGAGGUUUAUCAGAAACUGUAAGCCCCGCCCACCCCACUGUGAACUUCCCACAGUGUGGGCUGGCCGGCUGUGGAGAAGCUUAGUCUCUCAUUGGUUCAUUUCUAUUCUACGUCAGCUCCCCUCUGAGUGGAUAUAAUCAACCAAUCAGCAUCCUUUAAACUCAGAGGAAUCCCUGCUGCUGUCUGAAACAGAUGUUCUUCUGCCUCCACAUCUGCAAAGAGACUGGAAAUGAAAGGAACUGGUUCCAAUAAGCCAGAUGAAGCUCCCAGUCUGAGGUCUGGAAAUGUAAUCAGUCUUAUAUUGUUAUGAAGUCAUGUGUAAUCAGAUCUGUCCCGCUGCCUCGGCCUGGAACAGAUGAGUGACCUCCUAGAGUGAGAUCAAGGUCUGAGCUUAGUGACCCAGAUCUCCAUCAGAACCUGGGUCCAAUGGUCAGAAGGUCAGGAGCUGCUGUGGUUCUGGUAUC